AUGUCAUCAAGAUCAAACAAACCAGUAAGGCAGGACUAUAUAGCCAAAAUCAGAUACACAAAUAAUCUACCACCGCCACCGUUAAACCCAAAAUAUAUAGAAUACAACACAACAAAUCCAAUAUCAUCAAAAUUAGAAGGUGAACAAUUAUUAUCUUCAUUAUUCCGAAAAGAAAAUUUUCAAAACUUGAUUGAAAGAAUAGAUGAAAAUUUUGGACUCGAGUUGAAUUUAAUCAACAAUACUGGAUUUUUAGAUCAAGAUAAAUUGGAAGUUAUUGGACAAUUAACAAAAAAUGACCAACCUAUUACUUUACAUCCUAAAGAUCGAGCACUAUUAAGAGAUGCAGGUAUUGGGAAAUUGAAAAAUACAUCAGAACCAGGAGUUUCAUUUUUAAGAAGAACAGAAUAUAUUUCAGAAAGAGCAGCUCCAAAAUCUUCUACAAAUAUUGAAGAAUCAAAAGUUAAUGAAAAAUUAAAAAAUAAUGAAGAAGAUCAAUUAGAUGCUGAUCAUCAAUUAGAAGCUGUUGAAAAUACUUUUACUGAAGCUGAAAAAUCUAUGGCUGAUCCAUCUACUAUAAAACAUCCACGUCGUAAAAAUUUAAAAGCUGUUUUCACAUGGCCAUUAUUACCAGAUACUUCAAUGAUGGAUAAUAAAUUGAUGAAUUUGAAAUUUAUAGGAAGUGCAUCAGUCAAAAGAGAAUUGGAUACACUCAAGCGUAAGCAAGGUUCUUCAUAUGAUGAAAAUUUACAAAAACAAAAACAAGAGACUGCUAUAUUUUACCCCAUAAAAUCCGAAGACGGUGGUGAAUGGAUGUCAAUGUUUGAAUUACAACAACAAGAUCAAAUUUCUAAACUUUACAACGAAUUAAACUCAACAGAUCCAGAAAAACCAAUAAACUUAUUAGAUAUGGAAGAUGAAUCACAACCAACUUAUGAUUUCAAAUAUAACAAGAAUUAUGAUAUAAAUUAUCAAAACUACAACAAUGAAUAUUCAGAAUUAGCUAUAAAAUUUGUAGAAGAAACGAAAGUAGAACCAGAAGCUUUAAAAUCAAAAUUCAAAAAAAGAAAAGUUGCACAUUAUUUACCUAUAAAGGGUAAAAUAGAAUUAAGAAAACAUCGUGCUCCGACAAAUACAGAAAUAAACAAAUUUAUCAAAGAAAGAACAUUUGAUCAAAUCAAUUUUAAAUUAAGAGAGCCAACUACUAACGAAUUGGUUUCUAUGGAUAAAGCAAGAUCUGAAUUUGAUCCAAUGGAAUAUGAUAGUGAAUAG